GUUGGAGCUCCACGCCCCUUGGCUCCCAGCCUCACUUUUUUGCCGCGCUACCCCACCCCGCAUAGGAAAACACCGCGCGGCACGUCUCGUCGCAGCCUGCCAGCUCCCGGUCGGCGCGCGAGCUAGAUAUACCGAAGCGCGCGGGAGCUGCUGGUACGUACGCGGUGCCCGCGCGCUCAUCUGCACUGCCACCGCUGCGUGAGCCGUCGUUGCACCAGCUGAAGCGAGCGAAGCGGGGCAAGAUGGAUCACGCGGCGGACGCGUACCGGACGGACCUGAUGACCAUCACGCGGCACGUACUGAACGAGCAGAGCCGGAACCCCGAGUCCCGCGGCGACUUCACCAUCCUCCUCUCGCACAUCGUCCUCGGCUGCAAGUUCGUCGCCUCGGCCGUCAACAAGGCUGGACUCGCGAAGCUCAUUGGCCUGGCAGGCGAGACCAACGUCCAGGGGGAGGAGCAGAAGAAGCUGGACAUCCUGUCCAACGAGGUGUUCGUCAAGGCUCUCGUCAGCAGCGGUCGCACCUGCGUCCUUGUGUCCGAGGAGGACGAGGAAGCUACGUUCGUGGACCCUGCGCUACGUGGAAAGUAUUGCGUUUGCUUUGAUCCACUCGACGGCUCCUCCAACAUCGACUGUGGUGUCUCCAUCGGAACGAUCUUUGGGAUUUACAUGAUCAAGGACAAGAACAAUGUGACUCUGGAGGACGUACUGCAGCCUGGGAAGAACAUGCUUGCUGCCGGAUACUGCAUGUACGGCAGUUCCUGUACGCUUGUUCUGAGCACUGGAAGUGGUGUCAAUGGCUUCACACUUGAUCCUUCUCUCGGGGAGUUCAUACUGACUCAUCCAGACAUCAAGAUACCUAAGAAGGGUAAGAUUUAUUCGGUGAAUGAAGGGAAUGCCAAAAACUGGGACGAGCCUACGGCGAAGUUCGUCGAGAAGUGCAAGUUUCCCAAGGAUGGUUCGUCACCUAAAUCUUUGAGAUACAUUGGAAGUAUGGUUGCUGAUGUCCACCGUACAUUGUUAUAUGGAGGUGUAUUUUUGUACCCUGCAGACAAGAAGAGCCCAAAUGGAAAACUCCGUGUCCUGUAUGAAGUUUUCCCCAUGUCAUUCCUCAUGGAGCAAGCUGGAGGCCAGUCUUUCACAGGCAAAGGACGGGCUCUUGAUCUGGUCCCUACCAAGAUUCAUGAGAGAUCCCCAAUCUUCCUCGGCAGCUACGACGAUGUGGAGGAGAUCAAAGCGUUGUACGCCGAACAGGCAAAGGAAAGCUCGGCUUGAUCGGUGCAUCAUAAGAGGUGUAAAUCGACUUCAGUUCCUGGCCUCAUUGUGACAUGAUUCAGACAUUUCUUUUUCUUGGUCUUAUUGUAAGUUUGUGACAUCCAGUGUAAUAGUAUGGAGGCCUGGAACAGCUUCACAAGCAACUAGGGCUUCUAUUUCUUACAACUUUUCAGUAAUGCAUACAUAAAUACACAUCUCUAGUAGCAGCUAA